AUGAGAUCGAGGUUUUUGAACACUAAAGCUGCUAUGAACCUUCACACAGAUAAUGCAACCAAUUCCACUUGCUGCGUGUACGAUUCAGAUGUAGCAGUAGGCUAUGGCGUUGGUGCAUUUCUGUUUCUUCUCUCAGGUGAAUCCUUACUCAUGGGAGUAACCAAAUGCAUGUGUUUUGGAAGGCCAUUAGCACCUGGUGGAAAUCGAGCUUGGACCAUCAUCUAUUUCACAUUCUCACUGCUGAGUAUUGUGGUUGCAGAAGCUUGUUUGAUAGCAGGGGCAAAGAAGAAUGCAUUGGCCGGUCUUCUGGUGCAAGUGUAUAUCGGUCAUGGGCAUUUUUGGUAUAUGGAAGAUUAUAAGUUUUUUCUUAUGGCUUCCUGGGUUCUUUUGAGCAAAGCCACUUAG